AUGGAACCCCAGCAGCUGCUGAGCGUUGGGUUUCUGCUGUGCUCUCUGACUUGCCUCUUGUUGGAAACUGUAGCUUCCUCUAUGUUACCCUUAUCUGCCUUUGGACUACAAGACAAAGCAGGAUGGAAUCCAGGCUCAAGGGAAAACCAUAGGUCCUGGCUGAGCAACUUUGGGGAUUACUUAUGGGAUCUGAUCAAGAGCUCCAUCCCUCCAGCAGCCAUCUUGGCUUUUCUUAUCACCACGGCAAUCCUGGGGACCCUCUACUGCCUCACGUAA